AUGACAGACAAAAUAGUCGUUCGCUGUCAUACCGAGUACAAAGCGACAAGCAAAGAUGAGCUUUCACUUAGUGUUGGCGAAAUUGUGAAAGUUGAGGAGAAAAUAGAUGCUGACUGGUAUUUUGCUAUCAAAGAUAAUGGUGAAGAGGGAAUAUUUCCUUCAAAUUUUGUCGAGGAAAUUGAUUCUUCAGAACCAAUUGCCGAAGAAGCUGCUACCGAUGAAUCAACAAAGGAAGCCAAAGAGCCUGAUGUUCCCAGGCUCGCCAUCGUGGAAUAUGAUUAUGUAGCUCGUGAACGCGAUGAACUAUCACUUCAGAAAGGCGGUGUUGUAACUGUUCUAGAACAGAACCAAGGAUGGUGGAAGGGUGACUUAAAUGGCAAUAUCGGAACGUUUCCAGCAAACCACGUUAAGCUUAUUGAGGUCCCGAGUAAUGCUGAUUCCUCAGAUGAGCCUGAGAAACACUCUAAGAAGAAAAAUCUUGCUGCAUAUGGUGUCAAAUUGGGAGGCCUUGGUGGUUUAUUCGCCGGAGGUGUACCAACUCUUAAGAAGACGCGUAAUAUCGAAGAGCCGAAGGAUCAGCACAAGAAGGAAGAAAGUCAAGGACACGAGAUCCCACCAAAAAAGUCUACCGGUCACCAGUCCGAAGUAGCAGAAUCAGCUGCUUCCAAUAAAGAGAAAAAACUGGCGUCUCCACCUGUGCUUCCAGGAGUUCAAGUGCGUCGCAGUAGUUCAGAGAAGACGGUGGCAAAACCUCCUCCAUUGCCACCCAAGAGUCGAAAGUCGGGAAAACCUCAACUACCAAAGGCUUUGGUUAUUUACGACUAUGAGGCUGAUGGAGAUGAUGAGAUUCCAUUGGCGAAGGGAAGUUAUGUAACCAUUCUGGACAAAUCCGACGAAGGAUGGUGGAAAGGACGUAAUGAACAAGGGGAAACAGGACUGUUUCCCUCCCCUUAUGUGGAGGAAGUGGUUUCUGUGGAGGAAAAGAAAACUGAUAACGAAAGUUUGCAAACAGAAAUGGCUGAAGAAACGCAGUUGUCGGAUAAGAAUGUUGAGAAUGAGGAUCGAAAGGAUACAGAGGCCACAACAGAUGAACCUGUUUCACAACACGAGGAACUCGAACAAGCCACGGAACUUGUCGGAAAACCGUCAACGAAAUCUGUCGCGCGUUCCAAGACGCCAAGUGCUUCCGCUACUCAGCGGCCAUCAAGCCCCAAAAGUGCAAGACCAACUUCUGUUCAUAGCUCAGUCUCAGCACCCCACAGCCGACAAACGUCAAGUUCGGCAGAUUCUCCUACAGAAAAUAUACCACCGGUUCCAACCAGACGUUCGACCCACGAGAGUUUACCAAAACAGUCCAAAGAGACAACAACGAAGAGGCGCUCUACUUAUGAUUUGCCACCAUCCCCCUCUGCAAAAUCCCCUAACCAAGACUCGUCUCCAAUCAAAAGUCCAGUGAGAUCUCCACCUUUACCGAGUCGUCAGGUGCCAAAGCCAACAACGCCAUCAGAAACCGAUGAUACGACCGGGGGUGCAACUUCUCCACAUACUGAACAUCCCACCCCACCACCAAGGCCAAAAUUUAGACCUACUUCUCAUAUCGAGACCAAGCCUGGGACGUCUAGGCCUAUAUCCUUAGCAAAACCACCUUCAGUCCCUCAAAUUCCCAAGUCUCCGCAAGCUGGUAAAAGUGUAUCACCUGGACAUAGUAAACGAGUUCCAGAGGAACCGAAGAAAGUUAUUACUCCGCCUGUGCCGAUGGUCCCUUCUCGACCGCAAAGACGCCCUUCUGAGAAAUCUGAGACUAUUUCUGUUGAAGAGGAAGAGGAGAAAGAAAAAGUAGAUAACGAAGAAGAAAUGGAGGAAGGAGAGGAGGAGGAAGAGGUGAAAGAGAAGGAAGGAGAGGAAAAUAUAGAACAAGAAGAAGAGGUGGAAGAGGAAAAAGAGGUGGAAGAGGAAAAAGAGGUGAAAGUGGAAAAAGAGGUGAAAGUGGAAGAAGGAGAGGAUGAGGAGGAAGUCGAGGAAGAAGACGAAGAAGAAACAGAGAAAACGCCUGUACGCGCUGAACUCGCAAAGGAAGAGCAUUCGGAAGAAGAGUUAGAUGAAGAUAACACAACUGCUGAAGAAACGAAGGCAGUAGAAAAAGAAGAAACUGGGGUUGACACCGUCGUUGAAGAGACGAAAGACGAUAAAGUUGAGGAACAAGAGGAAGAAGUAAAAUCAACUUUGAAAGAUGAGGAACAAGAUAAUGAGGUACACAGCAAGAAAGACACUGAAACUGUGGCCAAACCACCUGAACUGCCGCCAUUGCCCUCUGGACCAAAACUAGGCGGUUUAGGGAAGGAUAGGCCAGCAUUAAAAAGAAAAGCUCAGAGUUCCAAGUCAAUAAAAACUAAUGCCGCCGUGAGUCAAACUGCUGCUUUAGAGGAGGCAAUGUCAACUGCUAAAGAUGAUGAUACGAAACCUAAGAAUGACACAGCAGCUUCCAAAGAAGAACCUACCGCCCGUGAAGCGCCACCACCCGUAGCAAAACCAGAAAAACCGCCCAAGCCGAGUUUCGUGAAAUUACCAUACGCGAGCUCUGGCGCGGGUGCCGUUCAGUUACGUUCGGUUACUAAGAAACCGGCACCUACAGUUGGGACAAGUGAGAGUACGGACGAAGGCGUGAAUACCAAACCGAUUGGUGGAGUAAAGUCGAUUUCUAGUCGAUUUAAUCAGUUCAGUGGCGUCCCCAAUCAGUCAGAGGUUGAAUUUCGACUGAAAAAGUGGGUCAACGAAGAAAUUAACAAAAUAAAGGCAGAUUAUGAGAACAAGUUGGCGGCAGAGAGGAGUAUGAGAGAGAACCUUGAGGAAGAAAUCAACGUGCUUAGAGAGCGUUUGGAUGCAGCCGGGAUAUGA